UUAAGACUCAGAUAGAUCUCCGGAAGUAGUGAGCCAUGACUGAACUGAACCUAUCCUCGUCACUCACUCUGAGUCUGGAUCCCCUUUGCGAUGGUCAUCAACCUAUUCAGGUUUUUGGAGAACUAGCUAACAUCCUUCCGUUGGUUAAAGCCAAGGUUCAGCGUGUCGUCGAAACAAAUGCGACACGACUUCGAUGAUCAGCGAUCUAGAUUACACGCUAGCUUAUCUGGCCGACCUCAAGAAUCACCUAGAGGAUGCCAGACGCACUCCAUCGAGGCUCAUCUCCGCCGUCGGCCGCAUGCCUACCGAGAUCCUAUCCAAAAUCUUCUACCUAGCUCGGCCUCGCAAACGACUGGCCAGCGCCUUGGUUGCAGCCGGUUUCCAUGUCUACUUUAACGUGGCGCAGGUCUGCCGGCGCUGGCGGGACAUUGCUCU